CCCCCAGCCGGGCGCAAGCGCUCCCAUUCAAAGCAGCCCGGCAGCGCGGCCACUGUGGGGAGACGCGCCCACUGACCAGUACGCUACGUUCUGUGUCUCCGCCUGGACCAUGGCGUGGCUGGUGGCGCGUAAUCGCCCAGGUUUCCUGGCUCGUCUCAUCGGUGGCACCUGGUUCCUCCUCUGUGUCGCCGGACAGGUAUGUGGAGACCAAAGCCAAGGGGCUGUUUUCCUGAGGGAAUUCACGCUGAUUCGACGAGAGAGCCUUCAUGAAGAUUUCCUGUCUGACUUCUUGAAUAGUCACAAAACUGAAGACCCGAGUUCCAGGACUGCACGCUCAGAGGAGGACCGUGAAGGCCUCUGGGAUGCCUGGGGCCCUUGGAGCGAGUGCUCCCGUACCUGUGGUGGAGGUGCCUCCUACUCCCUGAGACGCUGCCUGAGCAGCAAGAGCUGUGAAGGAAGAAAUAUCCGGUACAGAACAUGCAGUAAUGUGGACUGCCCACCAGAAGCAGGUGAUUUCCGAGCUCAGCAGUGUUCUGCUCAUAAUGAUGUCAAGUACCAUGGCCAGUUUUAUGAAUGGCUUCCUGUGUCUAAUGACCCGGACAACCCAUGUUCACUCAAGUGCCAAGCCAAAGGAACCAGCCUGGUUGUUGAACUAGCACCGAAGGUCUUAGAUGGUACACGAUGCUAUACAGAAUCACUGGAUAUGUGUAUCAGCGGCCUAUGCCAAAUUGUUGGCUGUGAUCACCAGCUGGGAAGUACCGUCAAGGAAGAUAACUGUGGAGUCUGCAAUGGAGAUGGGUCCACCUGCCGGCUGGUCCGAGGGCAGUAUAAAUCCCAGCUCUCUGCAACUAAAUUGGACGACACUGUGGUCGCGAUACCUUAUGGAAGCAGGCACAUCCGCCUUGUCUUAAAGGGGCCAGAUCAUUUGUAUCUGGAAACUAAGACACUCCAGGGAACUAAAGGUGAAAACAGUCUGAGCUCUACAGGCACGUUUCUUGUGGACAAUUCUACAGUGGACUUCCAAAAGCUUCCAGACAAAGAGAUAUUGAGGAUGGCUGGACCACUGACAGCAGAUUUCAUCAUCAAGAUCCAUGACUCGGGGCCUGCAGACAGCACAGUCCAGUUCAUCUUCUACCAGCCUAUCAUCCACCGAUGGAGGGAAACGGACUUCUUUCCUUGCUCAGCAACCUGUGGAGGAGGUUACCAGCUGACAUCGGCUGAGUGCUAUGACCUCAGGAGUAGCCGUGUGGUCGCCGACCAGUACUGCCAUUACUACCCAGAGAACGUGAAGCCCAAACCCAAGCUUCAGGAGUGCAACUUGGACCCUUGUCCAGCCAGUGACGGAUACAAGCAGAUCAUGCCCUAUGACCUCUACCAUCCCCUUCCUCGGUGGGAGGCCACCCCGUGGACCGCGUGCUCCUCCUCGUGUGGGGGGGGCAUCCAGAGCCGGGCAGUUUCCUGUGUGGAGGAGGACAUCCAGGGUCAUGUCACUUCCGUGGAAGAGUGGAAAUGCAUGUACACCCCUAAGAUGCCCAUCGUGCAGCCCUGCAACAUUUUUGACUGCCCUAAAUGGCUGGCACAGGAGUGGUCUCCGUGCACGGUGACAUGUGGCCAGGGCCUCAGAUACCGUGUGGUCCUCUGCAUUGACCACCGAGGAAUGCACACAGGAGGCUGCAGUACGAAAACAAAGCCCCACAUAAAAGAAGAAUGCAUCAUGCCCACACCCUGCUACAAGCCCAGAGAGAAACUUCCAGUAGAGGCCAAGCUGCCAUGGUUCAAGCAAGCCCAGGAACUGGAGGAAGGAGCUGCAGUGUCUGAAGAGCCUUCGUUCAUUCCAGAAGCUUGGUCGGCCUGUACUGUCACCUGUGGUGUGGGAACCCAGGUGCGAACAGUAAGAUGCCAGGUGCUCCUGUCUUUCUCUCAGUCCGUGGCUGACCUGCCUGUGGAUGAAUGCGAGGGGCCCAAGCCGGCAUCGCAGCGCGCCUGUUAUGCGGGACCAUGCAACGGGGAGAUUCCUGAACUGAACCCAGAUAAUGGAGACGGACUCUUGGGUGGCCUGCAGGACCUGGACGAGCUGUCUGAUUGGGAGUACGAGGGCUUCACCAAGUGCUCUGAAUCAUGUGGAGGAGGUGUCCAGGAGGCUGUGGUGAGCUGCCUGAACAAACAGACCCGGGAGCUCGCUGAUGAGAGCCUGUGUGUGACCAGCCGACGGCCCCCACAGCUCCUGAAAGCCUGUAACUUGGAUCCCUGCCCAGCAAGGUGGGAAGUUGGCAAGUGGAGCCCGUGCAGUCUCACCUGUGGGGUUGGCCUACAGACCAGAGAUGUCGUCUGCUCCCACCUGCUCUCCAGAGAGAUGAAUGAGGUGGUCAUCCUGGCUGAUGAGCUCUGCCACCACCCGAAGCCCAGCACCGUACAAGCCUGCAACCGCUUCAAUUGCCCACCAGCCUGGUACCCUGCACAGUGGCAGCAGUGUUCCAGGACCUGUGGCGGAGGGGUUCAGAAACGUGAUGUCCUUUGCAAACAGCGCAUGGCUGAUGGCAGCUUCCUGGAGCUUCCAGAGACCUUUUGUUCAGCCUCCAAACCAACCUCCCAGCAGGUGUGCAAGAAAGAUGACUGCCCUAGUGAGUGGCACCUCUCAGGCUGGUCAGAGUGCUCUGUGAGCUGUGGGGAGGGCACCCAGACUCGAAGUGCUACUUGCCAGAGAGUGCUGAAAACUGGGGUCUCCACUGUUGUCAAUUCCACCUUGUGCCCUCCCCUGCCUUUCUCUUCCUCCAUCAGAGCUUGUAUGCUGGCAACCUGUGCACGGCCUGGGAGGCCUUCCACCAAGCACAGCCCGCACAUCGCAGCUGCACGAAAUAUAUACAUUCAGACCCGCAGGCAGAGGAAGCUGCACUUUGUCGUGGGAGGAUUCGCUUACCUGCUUCCCAAGACUACCGUGGUGCUCCGGUGUCCUACACGCAGAUUCCGCAAGCCCCUCAUCACCUGGGAGAAGGACGGCCAGCACAGCAUCAGCUCCGCUCAUGUCACCGUGGCCCCUUUUGGCUACCUGAAGAUCCAUCGCCUCAAGCCCUCCGAUGCCGGUAUCUACACCUGUUCUGCCGGGCCCGCCCGGGAGCAGUUUGUGAUUAAGCUCAUUGGAGGCAACCGCAAGCUCGUGGCCAGGCCCCUGGGCCUUUGGAGUGAGGAGGAGGAGGAGUCCCUGCAGGUGAGGAAGGCCAACCCAAAGGAGACCUUGCAAACCCACAAACACCAAAACGGCAUCUUCUCUAAUGGCAGCAAGGCUGAGAAGCGGGGUCUCACUGCAGACCCUGGGAACCGCUAUGAUGACAUUGUGUCUAGGCUACUGGAGCAGGGCGGCUGGCCAGGAGAGCUUCUGGCCUCAUGGGAGGUGCAGGACUCCACAGAAAGGAACGCAUCCUCUGAGGAGGAUCCCAGUGCUGAACAGGCCCUCCAGCAUCUCCCCUUCACCAUGGUGGCCGAGCAGAAACGCCUGGAUGACAUCCUCAGUAACCUGUCCCAGCAGCCCGAGGAGCUACGGGACCUCUACAGCAAGCACCUGGUGGCCCAGCUGGCCCAGGACAUUUUCCGCAGCCACCUGGAGAACCAGGGCAUGCUUCACAAGCCCUCGGAGCAAAGGUUUUCUCCCGUGGCCAUCCCGUCUCAUAAACACGUUUCUAGCUUUAGCAGCUCUCUGAGGAGCUCAUCUGGGGAGGCCGGGGCCGGCCCCCGCAGGCCUCACCGCAAGCCCACCAUCUUGCGUAAGAUCUCAGCGGCGCAGCAGCUCUCCGCCUCCGAGGUAGUCACCCACCUCGGGCAGACUGUGGCUCUAGCCAGCGGGACCCUGAGUGUGCUUCUGCACUGUGAAGCCGCAGGCAACCCAAGGCCGACCAUCCACUGGACCAGGAACGGAGAAGCGGUUCAGCUCAGUGACAGGAUUCUUCUACAGCCAGAUGAUUCCUUACAGAUCUUGGCACCAGUGGAAGCUGAUGUGGGCUUCUAUGCUUGCAAUGCCACAAAUGCCUUGGGAUAUGACUCUGUCUCCAUUGCUGUCACAUUAGCAGGAAAGCCACUUGUGAAAACAUCUCGAGUGACUGUGCUCAACACAGAGAAGCCUACAGUCACAAUGGAUAUCGGUGGGACCAUCAGAACCAUCCAAGGAGUGAAUGUGACAAUCAACUGCCAAGUGGCAGGUGUGCCGGAAGCCGAAGUCACUUGGUUCAGAAAUAAAAGCAAACUGAGCUCCUCCCACCAUCUGCACGAGGGCUCCUUGCUGCUCACGAAUGUGUCCUUCUCUGACCAGGGCCUGUACUCCUGCAGGGCAGCCAACCUUCAUGGAGAACAGACAGAGAGCACACAGCUCCUGAUCCUAGAUCCCCCCCAGGUCCCCACACAGUUGGAAGACAUCAGGGCCUUGCUCUUAGCCACUGGACCGAACCUUCCUUCAGUGCUAAUGUCUCCUCUGGGAACACAGCUGGUCCUGGAUCCUGGGAAUUCUGUUCUCCUUGGCUGCCCCAUCAAAGGCCACCCCACCCCCAAUAUCACCUGGUUCCAAAAUGGCCAGCCAAUUGCCACUGCCCCGGGCCUGACCUACCACAUCUGGGGAGCUGGACAGAUCCUCCGUGUUGCCAAUCUCAGUGGGGGACCUCAGGGGGAGUUCAGCUGCCUGGCUCAGAAUGAAGCAGGAACGCUCAUGCAGAAAGCCUAUCUGGUGAUCCAAGAUUACUGGUGGUCUGUGGAUAGACUGUCAACCUGCUCAGCAUCCUGUGGUAAUAGAGGGGUUCAUCAGCCCCGCCUCAGGUGUUUGCUGAACAACACGGAAGUAGACCCUGAGCACUGUGCAGGAAAGCCUCGGCCCGCUGUGCAGCUGGUCGCCUGCAACCGGAGGGACUGUCCUUCUCGGUGGAUGGUGACUUCCUGGUCCCCCUGUACCCGGAGCUGUGGUGGAGGUGUCCAGACCCGCAGGGUGACCUGUCAGAAGUUGAAAGCUUCUGGGAUUUCCACCCCAGUGCCCAAUGACAUGUGUACCCAACUGGCCAAACGGCCUGUUGAUACCCAGGCCUGUAACCAGCAGCUGUGUGUGGAAUGGGCUUUCUCCAGCUGGGGCCAGUGCAAUGGGCCUUGCAUAGGCCCUCGCCUUGCUGUGCAACACAGACAAGUCUUCUGCCAGACCCGGGAUGGCAUCACCUUACCAUCAGAGCAGUGCAGUGCCCUUCCCAGGCCUGUGAGCACCCAAAAUUGCUGGUCAGAAGUCUGCAGUGUGCACUGGAGGGUCAGCCUAUGGACCCUGUGCACAGCAACCUGUGGCAACUAUGGCUUCCAGUCCCGGCGGGUGGAGUGUGUGCAUGCCCGCACCAACAAGGCCGUGCCUGAGCACCUGUGUUCCUGGGGGCCCCGGCCCGCCAACUGGCAACGGUGCAACAUCACUCCUUGUGAAAACACCGAGUGCAGAGACACCACCAGGUACUGCGAGAAGGUGAGACAGUUGAAACUCUGCCAGCUCGGCCAGUUCCGGUCUCGCUGCUGUGGAACAUGUGGCCAAGCAUGAAGACAGGGCGCAGGGCCGAACUCGACCCUGGCCACACAAAGGACUCAUAGAGCUACCCUGGACAUGAUUUAUGCAUUCUUCCUCUUAUUUAUUUAUUUGCCCCUCCCCACACACCCAUGUCCACCUGCACCUAUGCUCCUGAGGACCUUGGCAUGUUUUCUUAUUCAGUUAGCUGGAGGCACGUGUUGAGAAUAGAAAAAGAGAUGUCUAAAGGAGGUUACAGAACAGGCCAGGAAGACAGCAGCUCCCUUGCAGAGCUGGUUCCUUCCCAACCAGGGUCUCAGAGACACAGGGAGAGCAAGCCAUAGUCCAUAAGGACAGCACAGAGCUGAAGUUUAUAACGCACAGGCACGGGUACAGGCCAGCCAGGAGCAUCG